AUGCCUCCUUCAAGCUAUUUCAAACAGUGGCCGGAAUUCCCUUCCAAUGUGCCAGUGGCCUAUAUGUCAAGAAUCUCCUUCAAGAACUUGCAAAGCAAUAAUUUCAACGAAUCUGCGAGAAUGUUCGACGCAUGUAGAGAUCAAGGUCACUUCCUACUUGACUUGAGAGAUUCUAAUAACGGAGAGACCCUGUCUAGCGAGGCAGGAUCGAUGAUGGAUGUUGGUAGAGAGACACUUGAUCUUGAUCGAAAGAUUCUGGAUUCGUUCAUGUAUAAGCCACCAAAGAGAAUGGUUGGAUACAAGCCAUCUCGGACUCUUCAGACCCCCGACGGACGCAUAGAUUCCGUCGAGUUCAUCGCUAUUUCCCAAGAUGAUGCUGUUGGAAACAAACAACCAUUUACUAAUCCGCAGCCAGUAGAACAGGACCGCGAUAACAUCAAGAGUUUCUUUGAACACGCUCACGGAGCACUCGACCUAAUCCAUUUCCAUUUAGACAUGAGCAUGGGUUUAGCGCCAGGUACUCUUGAAGCUUUGAGCUCUAUCAACAAAACCUCUGACACAAGCAUUAGAAUGUUGUGCACUCGACCCAAAUCAGUCAAAGAGGAGUUCGUCACCCUUAACAACCAUACAGACAUUGGAUCAAUUACAUUAUUGUUCACAGUUUGUGGUGGCCUACAGGUCUUGGGAGCAGGAAUAGAGAACAUCGAAGCUAAUUGGAGAUAUGUUAGACCGGAGCCCGGUUGCGUCAUUGUUCUAAUCGGAGAUACAAUGGUAGCAUGGACUGCGGGAGCUUUGCGUGCUUCUUUGCACCGUGUGGUUACUGCGCCGGGAAAACAGGCUGCUGCAACAAGAUUGGGUCUAGGAUAUUUCCUGAGACCUUCUCAUUCUACGAAAAUGUCUAGAUUGAUUAGUGACAACGGUACUAUCCCUAUGCUCGCACCGGGAGAGGUUGGGGAUGAGCGCGGUGUUACAGAAUGGGCGCAGUGGAAAGCGAAUGGAGAUGUAGCGGCGGCGGUUAAGGCGGCAGGCAAGGGAAAGUAG